GCUUGAACUGUUCACAAACACUCCGUAGAAGCACGUCUUCCUUUUCACCACCUUUCUUGUGCGAUAUUUCCCUGCGAAACUUCUCAUACUUAAAUAAGUCUGAAUUCCACCACUAAUUAAACAACAAUGGCGGACGAAGUAAACCACGAUGAGCUCAUCAGCCAGUUUGUCAAUAUCACCGGCGCAUCGCCAGCAGAUGCUCAGCAAUAUCUGGCCGCAAACCGAUGGGACUUGAGCGGUGCGGCUGCAGAGUAUUUCACCACUUUGGAGGAAGGUACAGCAGACGCUCAGGGUGGCGAGAACGAUCCCCAAGAACCGGAGGCAUAUACUGGUCCGCGGACCUUAGAUGGCAGACCUGCUCCUCAGUCGAUUCCCUCCGUUGCGUCGAGCUCUCGUGCACCACCUAAGAAGAGAGGGGGCAUUGCUACACUUGGAACAUUGGGUCAAAGCUCAUCUGGUCCUGCUGGCGGUCAUGGUCAUGCGCAUGAUGAUGAUUCCGACGACGAAGACUACGAGCCGGGCGAAGAACCAAGAGAUUUGUUUGCUGGUGGCGAGAAGUCAGGUCUGGCGGUUCAGGACCCAUCGAGCCGCGACCCUCGAAGAGUUGUCCGUGAUAUUCUCGAGCAAGCCAGAGCAAAUGUCCAAAGACCAACCGGCGAAUCUUCAUCAUCAGCUCCUCCUUCUCGCUUCCGUGGAAGUGGCCAAACUCUUGGCGGCGACGAUACCCCAUCCCAAACCAUUCCCGAUCCCCAUCCUCAAGCCGCGGAUCCAGGCCCAGCUGAGACUCGUGUCCUACAUCUUUGGGCAGAUGGCUUCAGCAUUGAAGAUGGGCCGCUUCGUAGAUUCGAUGACCCUCAAAAUGCAGCCGAUCUUCAAAUGAUUCGUCAAGGACGUGCUCCACUCCAUCUCAUGGGCGUCCGACCUGAUCAACCAGUUGAUGUCCAGCUGAUCAAGCAUGAUGAACCAUAUAAAGCUCCUCCCAAGGUCUACAAGCCAUUUAGUGGAUCGGGUCAAAGACUGGGAAGUCCUACUCCUGGUGGAUCUACGGCAACUUCGACUCCCGCUCCGGUCACCGCACCUGCUGCUACUUCAUCACCUUCAGUACCUGAACAAGAAGUCGACUCUUCACAACCGACACUCUCCCUCCGUCUCCAGCUUGCAAACGGAACCAGAUUGCCAGCUAGAUUCAACGCUACUCAUACCAUUGGAGAUGUUUAUGGCUUCAUUGAGAGAGCUUAUCCUGGUAGCAGUGCCAGACCCUGGGUCUUGGCGACUACAUUCCCAAAUAAGGACCAUACCGACAAAUCUCUCGCUUUGGGCGAUGUCUCAGAGUUCAAGCGAGGUGGAACUGCCGUUCAGAAAUGGACUUGAUGAUAUGCGAUUUUAGCGGAGAUCAUAUUUGCGUACAGGCCGGAUAGAUCUUGAUAUGGGGUGAUGGCGUUUCGGAUGCAUGGUCAGAUCUGCACAGAGGAUGCUCAUAUGGAAGAGCUUUUUAGAUGGCUAGUAGACAGGCAUAAAAGCGUGAUUUUCAAUCUCGCUAUCG